GGUUACUUACAUUCCACGUUUCUUCCUCUCUUGUCGCAAAGAGCAGUAUUUAUGGCCUCAACCUCAAACUCUUUUCUCUAACAUUCACCUCUUUCUUCUAAAGCUAAGCCUCAUCCAUGGAAAACGCGGAUCACAUCGAUUUACCUCCAGGAUUUCGCUUCCACCCCACCGAUGAAGAGCUCAUAAGCCAUUAUCUCUACAAAAAGGUGAUGGACACCAAGUUCUGCGCCAGGGCCAUUGGAGAAGUCGACCUUAACAAGUCCGAGCCUUGGGAUUUGCCAUGGAAAGCCAAAAUGGGAGAAAAGGAGUGGUACUUUUUCUGCGUGAGAGACAGAAAAUACCCCACUGGGUUGAGAACCAACAGAGCCACUGAAGCUGGGUACUGGAAGGCCACGGGGAAAGACAAAGAGAUUUUCAGAGGUAAAUCGCUCGUUGGAAUGAAGAAAACUCUGGUCUUUUACCGAGGUCGAGCACCCAAAGGAGAGAAAAGCAACUGGGUCAUGCACGAGUACAGACUCGAGGGUAAAUUCUCCGUUCACAACCUCCCCAAAACUGCAAAGCAGAACGAGUGGGUGAUUUGUAGGGUGUUUCAGAAGAGUUCAGCUGGGAAGAAAACCCAUAUUUCGGGGAUAAUGAGGUUGGACUCUUUCGGGAACCAAUUCGCUUCCUCUGCUCUGCCACCUCUCUCCGAUUCUUCACCUUCUAUCGGCAACAACACGAAACCAUUCAAUGAUUCGGUUUACGUGCCCUGCUUCUCCAAUCCAAUUGAAAGAAACCCUGAAGGGGUCUUUGAUUCCGUUUUUGGGGUUUCUUCAAAUUCAUUCGACAUUCUUCCCAGAGUGCCACCUUCUGCUUCCUUCUACGCUCAACCCGCGCCUAAUUUCCCAUUUCAAGCUUCUCUCUGCACUCAGCAGGACCACACAAUCUUGCGAGCUUUGUGUGAGAACAAUGGUUUCAAGUCAGAGAGGGACAUCACCAGUGUCUCGCAGGAAACGCCUCUCACUCCUCAUGUUAACGCUCAACCCUCUUCCAAUUUUGACAUGGGUAGGAGGCCCUUUCACAACCACAAUCACGCACCUGUUUCUGUUGCGCCAUCGGAUCCUGAUGGUUUCUGGAUUUACUAGGUUGUUUCAUGCUCUUGUGUAUAGAUUUUAUCUAAAACAUGUACUCAAGCAUAUGUUAAGUUGUGAAAUUAGGUUGCUUUUGUCUUUUGUUUCAGCUUGGAUUCAAAAUCAUCAUAGAAUGAGACUGGUGGAUCAAAUUUAUAAAAUAUGUAUAGAUCUUGCUUUUCUGGCUUGGAUCAGUCUAGUGUCCAGCUAAUGCUCAGACCAAGACCAUGAACUUGAUUCGGUUAAUGUUUGAAAUUGAAUAGCAUAUGUAUUUUGAUUUUAAAA